AGGUGGGGUGCUGCGGUCUGCGCCGGCGCCAUGGCUUCCCGCAGGCAGAGCCCUCAGCCCCCCGCAGCGCCCCCCGCAGGCGGACCCUGGGGCGGCCAGCACAGCAGCCCAUCUCCAGUCCGUUGGUCAAUUGGAAGAAAACGCUGCGCAGAUGGAAAGCACAGAAAUCCAAAUCAUCUUGAUUCUUCUAUGCUCAAAGAGGACCCAUUGAAAUUCAAAUGUUCAAAUGAAAACGAGAAUAGGAAUACAGACAACAGACAUGAGAGUUUUACGACCCCUGAAGGUCCCAGACCCCGCCCAAGAUGCUCUGAUUGGGGAAGUGUCGUUGAAGAGGAUGAAAUGAGGACAAAAGUUAACAAAGAAAUUGCAAGAUACAAAAGAAAACUCUUGAUAAAUGAAUUUGGAAGAGAACGGAAGUCAUCUUCUGGAAGUUCUGACUCAAAAGAGUCGACGGUACCAGCAGAACUAGAAACUGAUGAAAGUGUUCUGAUGAGAAGACAGAAACAAAUCAACUAUGGAAAGAACACCAUUGCGUAUGACCGAUACAUUAAAGAAGUUCCAAGGCACCUUCGGCAACCUGGAGUUCAUCCCAAAACACCCAAUAAAUUUAAGAAGUACAGCCGACGGUCUUGGGAUCAGCAGAUCAAGCUGUGGAAGGUUGCUCUGCAUUGUUGGGAUCCUCCAGCGGAAGAAGGGAGUGACUUACAAGACAUUAGUCCUGUUGAUCUCGGUGAAAUGGAGACCGAAUCUGCAGAGAGUAGCUCCGAAUCACAAACGAGCUCUCAGGAUAACUUUGAUAUGUAUUCUGGCACUCCCACAAAAGUUAGACACGUUGACUACCAGGCGGAAGAUGAGUUUGAUUUAGAGGCUUGUUUGACUGAACCACUGAGAGAGUUCCAGCCUUUGAGCUAAUGGGGCCAGCUGGAGGUGAUUUUUAAAGAUGGAAACCCCCUUUUUAAAAAUAGGUGACAUUUUACCCCAGGGGAGUUUACUGGUGAAAUAUUAGCCAGGGUGUGCAGUGUGGAUUUGUAAUUGGGUGUUCCUUGUUAAUAAUUCACACCUCUGGGUCAUGAUCUCCUUGUUUUCUUUUUAAUUGACUUUAAUUUAUAAGUAUGGUUUUGCAAGUUUUCAAAACUCAGCAAAAUUCAUGAAAAGGAAACUUUAAAUAACAGGGCAGCAACUUAUUAACUCUUACCAUCCCCGAAUCUAUCCUGAAUCCUUUAAAUGACUUUUCCUAAGUACUUUUCAUUGCAUAGCUAAAGUGCAGCGGAACUUUCCUUCGAAUGACUGAAACCUCCUGGUUUUUCCACCUAUAAGAUUGGCUUUCUUAUAAAUUUAAUUUUGUUAUUGUCAGUGCCAUAAUAAACUGUUCUAUUUCAUGUGGGAUUUGGGAUUGGAGAGUGAGUUAAUGGAGUUGUUACGAAACUGAGCUUUAAUAAAAGAGCUGCAGCCUAAAUUUGGUACUGUAAAUAGUUAUUACUCUUCUAGUAAUAUUCGAAGAAGAGUUCAGUAGUGGAAGGUAUUUAGGAUUUUUCAUGCAACCAUUUAUUCAUGUAAAAUUGUUGUAAUUGUACAGAUAGAUUUUCCUGUUAUUUGCACUUGUAAAAUUCUUGUUGACAGUUCAUGUUUCUAUUGCUUUUGUAUGGGACCGAAUUGCCAAAAUAAAAGGAAAAUAAAUUGUGGUCACGUGUUAUUAAAU